AUGGGUGCCUUCGGUGUAAGGCCAGGCGAGUCAAGCCUUGUAACUUCGAGCACCGCGGUUACCAGCGCCUGCUCUCCCCCUUCAGCCCCUUCAGUCCCACCAGUACCCCCUACAGCUCCCAGUUCGGCUCCGGCUCCGAGUUCCAGUCCGCUGGUCGCUGGGCUCGGUCUUCGGGAACAGCCCGGACCCGAAUCCGAACCCGAGCCUCACACAUUUACCCACCAGGUAGCUCAUGAGCCAUGGGCGUGUCAAUCACCAAUCGCAACCCAGCCAGAUCAUGCCUAUGUUCAUUCGACUACAUCGCCCUUCCACCCGACUCCAGGAACGCCAUCGCAUCAUGAGCAAGGCUACCCAUGCGCGUGCCAAUGUUCCGUGCGAGAGUGGAUGCAGAGCCUUCAGCUCUUCCAUCACUACAGCACCUCAGUCUGGAGCUCAUUCGUCAGGGAGUCUCGAACAGAGGUGCUCUGGAAGGAGCUCAUUCCAAAGGCUGCACUGUCUAAUUCUGACUGGGGCCAGGACUUUCUGAUGCAUGCCUUGCUUGCUGUAUCUGCGCUGCACUUUGCACAUUUUAACCCAGAGCAAAGGGUCGAGUAUCAGGUCGUUUCAUCGCACUACUCAGCUCUAGCACUGUCCAGCGUCCGAAACCUUCUGAAUGAUAUCAACGAAAGCAACUGUGAAGUUUUUUUCCUGUUUGGGUCGUUGACCUUUCUCCAGUCACUUUGUAACGUUGCACAUCCGAGCGGGCCUCUCACAUCUGCCGAGGUGGCACAGUCGUUUCAACUCCUCCAGGGCAUGAAAUGCAUCCUCGAUUUCAAGUCUCUUGAGAGAUGCAAGAUGUUUGACUCCCUCCACCCCUGCAUCUGCAUCACCCCCAAGCCCAUCAUCCGAAGCUCCUACUACCUUUCAGAGACGUUUGGAUAA